AUAGUAUACCAUCUAUCUCCCUCCAGGAAAAUGCUAUCAGGUCUCCUUCAGGGAGAAACUAUGAGAAGAACAAUAAAGGAACGGUGGAAGCCAGGGACGAGACUGAGGAUGAAGACAAAGUGCCAUUAGCAGAAAUAUCUCUCUUAAAUAAGUUGAUCAGAAAAUCUCUUGUGGAAUCCUAUCAUCAUGUGGAAGUUCUGCAGCGUGAUCCCAACUCACCUUUGUUUUCCGUGAGAACUUUUGAGGAGUUGCAUUUAAAGAAAGAGCUCCUGGAGGGUAUUUAUGCCAUGGGUUUCAACAGACCAUCCAAGAUCCAAGAAGCAGCUCUGCCAAUGAUGCUAGCUGACCCACCACAAAAUCUCAUUGCCCAGAGUCAGUCAGGGACAGGCAAAACUGCUGCUUUUGUUCUGGCUAUGCUGAGCAGAGUAAAUCCAAACAAAAAAUUUCCCCAGUGCCUGUGUCUGUCUCCCACCUUUGAACUGGCUUUGCAAACUGGACGCAUAGUUGAGAGGAUGGGGAAAUUUUGUGUCAACGUACGAGUUACGUAUGCUGUUCGAGGCAACAGACUUCCAAGAGGGACUGUAAUAGAAGAACAAAUAGUGAUUGGAACUCCAGGAACCAUGCUUGAUUGGUGUUUCAAGCUAAAAAUUCUCGAUGUAAAAAAGAUCAAAGUAUUUGUGUUGGACGAAGCAGAUGUGAUGAUUGACACCCAAAGUUUCUCAGACCAGAGUGUCCGCAUUCAGAGAAAUUUAUCUCCAGAUUGCCAGAUGCUUCUCUUCUCAGCAACCUUUGAGGAUCCUGUGCUACGGUUUGCACAACUUAUUGUCCCGGAUCCCAACAUUAUUAAGCUUCGCCGAGAGGAGUUGACUCUCAACAAUAUCAGGCAAUAUUACUUUGAGUGUGAGAACAAAGAGGAUAAAUACAAAGCCUUAUGCAAUAUUUAUGGAAGCAUCACAGUGGGCCAGGGUAUCAUCUUCUGCCAGACCCGUAGAAAUGCAAAAUGGCUGUGUUGUUCGCUGUCGAAAGAUGGCCAUCAAGUAGCUCUACUAAGUGGGGAGCUUACAGUUGAACAACGGGCAGAUGUGAUCCAGAGGUUUCGUGACGGCAAACACAAAGUUCUCGUUACGACCAACGUCUGUGCUCGAGGUAUUGAUGUGCAACAGGUCACAAUUGUGGUCAACUUUAGCUUGCCUACAACGCUGACUGGGGAGGCUGCUUUUGAGACGUACCUGCACCGUAUUGGUCGGACAGGCCGUUUUGGGAAGAAAGGCCUCGCGUUCAACAUGGUUGAAAGACAUAAUUUGCCACUGCUGCUCUCAAUUCAAGAGCACUUCAGUACGUUCAUCAUGCGACUUGAUCCUGAAGAUAUGGAUGCUCUGGAAAAAAUAGAAGACUGAAUUCUACCAAUUCAGUAGCUUGUUAAAGAGUUAUUUUGUUUACGUCAUUCAUCAGAUGAUGAUAGCUUAUUUUUGUUGACUUGAAACGAACUGUGAUUUAUUUAUUUUUGUUUUUAUCUGUUUUCAUGAGAGGGUAGCCUAUGUGGUUAUCCUUUCUUCUGUAUACGUACUAUCUUGUCUUAUGACUGAGCCUUUGU